AGCCCGAUUUUAAGUCUCGUCGCAUCGGCCCUUAUUGAUACGUUCCCGUGCAGAUGCGAAGCAAAGUAAACGCUCCUGUCCGCUCACGAAAGCGGUGACGUCACAGCACGUCUUAUUCCGGAAUCAUGGCGGCGUGUGUUUAGUGCAAAUCGGUGUUGCUCGUAGUUGGACGACGUGACGCGAAAGCUCGUCCCGCCGCGUGUGUUUGAGAUGGCGGCGACGCUGCUACUUCGGCCGCUGCUUUGGCAGGCGAGCGCGAGCAAAAUGUACCGGAAGUACAGCAAGGCGUGUCCGGCGUUGCCAGAGCGAGUGCAAGUCUUUGAGUCUCUCAGGAAGCGAAAGGCUAACAGGAAAGUUGAAGCUUCUGAAAAGCACAUCAGUGUCCAAGUGGGUGAUGGCACGAUUGUGAAGGGAACCGCCGGGGUCACAACGCCACUCUCUGUCGCACAGAGUAUUCGUGAGAGAGGAGCCUUGGUGAGCAAGGUGAACGAGGAGCUGUGGGAUCUUGGGCGUCCCCUAGAGGCUAACUGUCAACUACAGCUUCUUGGCUUUGACUCACUGGAUGGAAGACAGGCAGCAUGGCGAACAGGAGCAUGCGUGCUGGGUGGAGUAUUGCAGAGUGAGUUUGGCGCCAGAGUGUAUCGCCAAGGAGCGACGGAGCUCGGCCUUCACUGUGAUCAUUUGUUGGAUGACAGUGCUGCCUUGUCUCUGAGUGACGUGGAGGAACGAUGCAAGGCGGCCGCUGCCCUCAAGCUGCCUCUGACCAGGUUGGAACUCGAUGGAGAAGAGAUGAGUGAACUCUUCCAGGAUGACAUGCUCAGUUUGCGGCUUGCACGGGAGCAACUCAAUGGCCCAACUGCUACGGUAUACAGGUGUGGAGACAGCAUAGCCCUCUGUAAUGGGCCCCUCCUACCACACACUGGCCUCCUCAGGGUGUUCAAGAUGCUCCAGCUCUCACCCCUGACCCUGGCCGAUCAGAGCGAGUGCCCGGGUUUGAUGCGUCUCUUCGGGGUGGCCUUCCCUAGCGACAAGGAUAAAGACGAGUGGGAGAGGGAACAGGAGGCGGCCCGCAGGAGGGACCAUAGACGCAUCGGCACGGAGCAGGAGUUGUUCUUCUUUCACGAUGUCAGUCCUGGAAGCUGCUUCUUCCUCCCGAAAGGAGCCCACGUGUACAACACCCUCACUGAUUUCAUCAAGAGCGAGUACCGGCGGCGAGGCUUUACCGAGGUCAUCACCCCGACUCUGUACAGCACUGCGUUGUGGGAACGCUCGGGUCACUGGGAACACUACAGCGACAACAUGUUUACAGUCACCUCGGGGGGCUCUCAGACCUACGCGCUCAAGCCCAUGAAUUGCCCCGCGCACUGUCUGAUGUUCGAGCAGCGUGUGCGCUCGUGGCGAGAGCUUCCUCUGCGCUGGGCCGACUUCGGGGCGCUGCAUCGCAACGAGCUCUCCGGCGCUCUGGGGGGUCUCACCCGGGUCCGCAAGUUCUGCCAAGACGAUGCUCACAUUUUCUGCACGCCUGACCAGCUGGAAGGUGAAAUUGUGGCUUGUUUGGACUUUGUGAGAAGCGUUUAUCAAGUGUUUGGGUUCUCCUUCCAUUGCCUCCUCUCCACACGUCCCACUCCCUGCCUCGGGGAGCCCGAGCAGUGGGACCACGCCGAGCAGCAGUUGGAGCGGAGCCUGCGGCAGUUUGGCGAGCGGUGGGAGUUGAACCCAGGGGACGGAGCUUUCUAUGGGCCAAAGAUUGACAUCCAGAUCAGAGAUGCGAUGGGUCGACAGCACCAGUGCGCCACCAUCCAGUUGGACUUCCAGCUGCCAAUCAGAUUUAACCUUCAGUACGUGGGGCGAGAUGGCAAAUGCCAUCGGCCGGUGAUGAUCCACCGUGCCGUGCUGGGCUCACUGGAGAGGAUGAUUGCCAUCUUGGCUGAAAACUUUGGAGGGAAAUGGCCGUUUUGGUUGUCUCCGGCGCAAGUCAUGGUCAUCCCCGUUGGGAGCAGCUGUGAGGCAGCCGCUAAACAGUUGGUUCAGCAGUUUCGUGAAGCCGGCUUCAUGGUGGACUUGAACGAAGACGCCGGCGCCACCUUAAGCAAGAAGAUCCGCUCUGCUCAGCUGGCACAAUACAAUUACACGUUUGUGGUCGGCGAUCAGGAGUGCGAGAGCGGCACGGUGAGUGUUCGGAGUCGAGGCGGCCAGCAACUGGGCAGGAGGCCUGUCGAGGAAGUUCUCAUGGGCCUCUCGCGACUACGAGACUCCAGGAGUAACCAGGCCCACUUUUAACUCAUUCACUCCCAAUGACGUUCUUAAACGUCUUUUCAGACUUGGUCCAGAAUUGGCUGGGACUGAAUGAGUUAAAGGGCACAGAAGUGACAUUUCCCAAUCAAGUCACGCAACCGGACGACGCUGAAACAUUUUCAUGGUCACAAAAUACAAUCACCGUUUUUGGUGACUGCCUUGUGAUGGGGUUUUCUUUGAACCUUUUUUUUUUUUUUUGCCAUUGCCCCGUGCAACUCGGGUGUGGCCGCAUGGCGCGUUGUGCUGCAUCUUAACUCGAUCUGAUAUAUUUGAUAAGGCCACCCCUUCCAAAACAAACUCGAGGGGAAAGCGGCAUGUCAACGGCUAUAAUUCUUCAUCCUGGGACAUUUUCGUGAACUUGCGUCAUAGAAAUGUUAUUGGGGAAACAUGGGAGCUGUUUCGAAGUUUGAAAUCAUGUACAGUAUACUGUAUCUCAAUAAGACAUCUGCAAACUAUUUGUGAGAAAAUUACGGACGCGUCCCUCAGAACGGUUGUGUAAUGUAACCAAUGUUCAUUUGGUUUGCUGCCCUCCAGCUUGGAAAAGUGCAGCUUCGCUUUCCAAUAAAGCUGCGUAAACUAUU